AUGGAGCGCCCCUCCCUCAUGGAGCGGUACUUCGCUCAGUGCCAGGCGCACCGCACUUCACCGCACCCGGCGUUUGUUGCCGGUCUCCGCGAGGGCGUGAUGGACAUAAACUUCGCGGAGAUUCCGCUCGCCGACAUCCGCCUCUUUGCGUGCGCACUUCUGGACGUAUCCCCAGCAGCUCGUGCCGCGCGUUCGCCAGCAGCGCCGUCGCGAAAUUCAUCAGGACAGCUGAGUCGACGAGGCGCUGCCUCAGACACUAGCCCGUCCUCUCGACCGAGAACAAUAGGCGCCUUCUCACGGACGCAGUUCGCCAAGCUUCACUUUGCUUACAAGGAUACCGUGCCAGCGGCGCAGCUCCCGCGCGGUGCGGCCUCGCCGCCUGCGUCAAGGACUUGGUUCACGCAGAAUGAGCCGAUGCUGCGGCGUCUGGCGCAGGCAGUGGCGCAGGCAGUGAAGGAAAGCGCCACCACGCUGAGCUCCUUCUCCUGGUGCGGCAUGCCGCUCACUAGCAUGGCGGUGCAGGGUCGUGCACCGCUGCAGCAGCAGCGAGGCAUUGGACAAGUGCCGCCGUCGCUGACACGCGUUCUCCCACUGUGCCAUCGUCUCACCUCCCUGCGCCUGGACGGCGUCCCACUCACGCAUGCGCAGUUCAUGCAGCUGACAACGCCCUCCCCCAAGUCAUCUGAAGCAUCGGCGGAUGGCGGCGUGACGUGGCCGGCGCUGGAGGAGGCGAGCUUUGUGGGGUGCGGAUUGACUGAUGCGUGCAAAACCGGCCUCGUGCACCUCAUACGUGCCGCCGUGCCGACUGCCUCGGCCUCCACGUGGCAGCGCUCGCUGCGGGGCGGCUACGCGAGUCUGGACGAUCGACCCUUGCCACGGCCAGCCGGCGGCACCAUGUCUCUUGGUCACUCGGCGACGCGGGGUCUGAAGGGGCUAGAUGCGAGUCAAAACCCGCUGGGCGACGAGACAGCGCGUGCGGUCGCGAACGCUGUUCCCGGCUCCGCCCUACGCUAUCUGAACGUGUCCAGCACCUCCAUCACCUGGAUGGGCGGCUCCUUGCUGGCUUCGCGUCCGGUGCUGGAGGGCACUGCAAUGGAGCUGCUGGACAUGAGCAACACGGGCGUCAGCGAGGUGUUCGCCCACGCUGGGAGUGCUGCGGAGGCGAAGAUGCUGGCCGAGUCUAGCGCUGUCGCCGGCUUCCGGGUGCUGGCGCGUGGCAUGGGGCAGCUGCUGAUCCUGAGAGAGUCGGAUCGCUCGCCGCAGCACUCGUGGCUCAUUCAAACGACUACUGCUAUCGCGCCACAGCCGUCGCCAGCGCCGGCGUCUGCGCCGGAGCCGCCACACGUGGAGUCCCCCACGAACCCCACGAACCCUCCGGCCUCCGUGAUGGAGAUGGAGAGGGUGGCGCCGCCAGCACCACCGGCCACACCACUGCCAUCCUCCGAGAGUGGCGAUCAACACAGCGCUCCACAAUCUGUGCAUAACUCAGCUGCUGCACCAGGGCCUGCCGUUAGCCCCUACGGACCCUGGUGGCCCAUGUUCGCAAGUUGGUACGCUGCACGAGACAUCACCAUCCCUACAAGCUCAGCCGAUGCUGCGGCGGCAGGUAGCUCUGCUGCUGGUCUGGUUAAAGGGUAUGUACCGGUGCCGGUUCCGUUUCCAAUGUUGGCGCCCAUGCCGAUUCCCUAUACCGCUCCUCAUGGAGCGGAUCUCCCCUUCGCCGGUGCGGCCACCGCGGCUACCGCCGCCGCCACUUCUCCCCACACGGCGGGUGCUGUGGCUGAGGACAGCACGCCUUCUCCAGAGCGCAGAGUGUCCACCCCUCCCGCCGACGACCCCAUCGACGCGGCUGCGGAGACAUCGGAGCCGUUGCCUUCCCCUACCUCUUCAGGCGAGAGGCACGACGAGGAGGGUGUCGGGAGUCUCACGGGUGGUGUUGCGAACCCCCCUGACGCGGCAUCCACAGCGUCCCAAGCUGCGGCCGUCACCGCGAGCGCGUCUGAAGACCUUGUGCACCGGGUGAGCGAAGCCGCCGGGGACCGCAAGUUUCUCCUUGCACUCAUCAGCCGCCUCGAGGCACACGAGAGCGACGUCACCGAGCGCCUUGAGGCACAGUACCAGCGAACGACAGCGCAGCUGACGUCGUUGGAGAAGGACAUGCGCUUUCGCCUUCAGCAACUAGCCGACGCGGAUCGCAAGGAGCGGGCGGCAGCGGCGGACCGGCAAACGGCCUUGCUCGAGUCCCUGGCCGCCCUCCGCGGCGAGCCGGCUGCCGUGUCUGCGGAGGGCAUGACGGAGACGAUGCUGCGACAGCUCAUACAUCUCAUAGAGGCGGGGAUGGGGAAGGUACAGGCGGCGUUGGGCGCAGAAGGCGCUGUAGGUACGAAGAGCACGAGGGCUGGAGAGGGCAGGGUAUCACCGCAGUUGCGCUCCAGCGAGGCCGCCACCCAUGUGGGUGAGGCGACAAUCACGGACCGUGAUCUGGUGAAGACGGCGAGCCAACGUCUUAAAGAGCUUGGCUGGUGA